AUGCUUCGCUGGGUCUUGUUUGCUUUGAUCCUUGGUAUCUGUGCAUGUGCCGGUAAACCACAGAAAAAGAAAGAGACGCCCAAGUCCUUGGCAAGAGGAUGGGGGGAUAGCAUUAAAUGGGUCGAAAGUUAUGAAAAGGGCCUGUCGGAGAUGGUCAAACGUAAGAAGCCUCUGAUGGUCAUCCAUCAUCUAGACCACUGCCCGCACAGCCAAGCGCUGAAGAAGGCAUUUGCUGCUGAUAAGGCCAUCCAGAAAAUGGCGGAGAAGGAUUUCAUUAUGCUCAACCUGUUGGAAGAGACUAAAGACGAGGAUAUGGGCCCUGAUGGUCGCUAUGUUCCCAGAAUCCUCUUUGUGGAUCCAUCCAAGACUGUGCGCACUGAACUUAUUGGAAAGUUCAACAGCCACCUCUACACCUACGAGCCGGCUGACAUGAAACUCUGUGAGUGA